AUGGUAAGUUUUCCUUUGCCGCCCAUCCGCUCGCCCCAGCUCACGGUCACUGACACGGAGUGCCUGGCAGAUGAUGAAGGCCGUGAAAGGACGGAGUGCACGGCCGUCCAUGUGCGGCAUGUGACAGCUGUCAACGCCUUCAGCUGUGCAGAUGUGGUGCUGAAGCGUGGUACUUCACGGCUACACCUGCGCGCCAAGGGCAGUGGCAUGAAUUUAGGUAUGGAUUGCAACAAGGUCGUUGAGGAAACCACGGAGACCUUCGUUGAUGCCCACGAGCACUAUGACAUGCUCGAGCAGCUAGGUCGUGGCUCCAUUUCGACUGUGAGGAAAGCAGUCCGGAAAAAGGAUGGCCUCGUCGUUUCAUUGAAGAUUGCUGGUAGCAAAGACAAGUCAUCCUUAGUUGAGGCUGAAUUCAAGAUGCUGCAGUCGAUCAAGCACCGCAACAUCAUCAGCUCUUUUGACUACUUUGAAACAUCAGUGAGUUCCAUUUUAGUUCUGGAGUACUUUGCUGGGAGCACGAUGGAGGACGCGGUGCGCCAAGCAGCCCAGGGGCACCUUCCCGAGCUUACUUCCAGAGAACUCUUCCGGUCUUUGCUGUCGGCUGUGUGCUACUUGCAUACAAGUCGCAUCAUCCACCGGGAUGUAAAGCCUUCCAACGUGAUGGUUUCGGUAUGCUUGUCAGACUUGCGUUUGUUGGACUUCAAUGUGGCCAAGCGGCUCACAGAGGGAGGCGCAAUGACCAUGACGGGCACUCGCCUUUACUUUGCACCGGAGGUGAUCAACGGCGAGCCGCCAUCAGAAGCAAAUGAUGUUUGGGGCUGUGGCAUUUGCUUGUUCUACAUGUUGGCAGGGCGACUCCCUUGGAAGACUCUUCCGGAGAGCGUUUUUGUGGACCAUCCGGCACUAAAGGUCACUGGCUCCUGGUGCCAAAAUCUGUCGGAACCAUGCAAAUCUGUGAUCCGUCAGUGCUUGACAGUGGAUUAUCACUGGAGACCACCCGUCAGAACCAUUAUGAUGCACGAAUGGUUCUGGGCAGAUGGUUUCGAUCCUUGCUCCGAUGCCGAUUUGAACGCAGACAUCACCCCAUCCCCUUCAAGAAGUUCGCGCAGAACCACACUGUGA